AUGAACAAAAGUCCAGAAACCAGUGCUAGCCAUUUUGACGUGGGUAGCUAUGUAAUGGCUGCAUGGCGCAACGACUUCGAAUAUCUUGCUGAGGUUCUAGCCCAUCGUCAGCGACACGGCACAAGAGCAGAGUAUCGUUUGCGCUAUAUUUGGGAUCGUGUUGUAGAGUGGACACCCGUCAACAAGUUACGCAAAGCAACUCAAUAUGAAAUCGAUUAUGUUUUGAAAUUUUGCAAAGAGCAAGGCUCACAACCUGCAAAUAAAAUCCCCAAUAAAUUUGAUCUGCAACAUUCGUGUAGUAGUAGUAGUAGUAGUAGUGAGUAUAUAUCAGGAAUACCUCGAGCUAAAAGAAUAAGAACAACUCUGUCAGAAAGCAGGUCAACAGACCGUGCCUUAGAUCCUGAAAUACCAAAGUAUCGAUCACGUCCUACUCGUGCAAGUACUAGCAGUUCAUCUGUCUUAGAAGACAAGAAGAUUCUUCACCCAACAUUGUAUGAUGGGAUUAUCGAGCAGGAUGGAAUGGUUUAUGACAAGAUUGUUUUUCAAUUUCAUGAGGCCUGUCGAAGACGCCGUGAAUUGAAGAGAAAAGCUAUCGAAGAGAAUGAGAUGUAUCUAUAUGGAUUUGAUGGUUCUGUGUCUGCCUUAGGUCAAACAUCCUCUGAAAGGUCAAAUCACCAAACAAGACGUGAUCCCAAUUUACUGAACAGCCCUAAAAGUAGUUCUGUAAGAGCUGAAAAUUAUACAACGGAAAACACAGUUACGCCACCAUUGGGAUCGCCAAUCUCAUCCUCUCAGAAAAGUGACGAAAUAAAAGAAACGAAGCUUUUAGAGAAGGCAUCUCAUCUCUCAAACAGUUCAUUAAAUUUGUCUGAGUCAAGUAAAUGUGAUGAACGACCACGUCGAACUAUAGUAUACAAAAGAGAAGCAGAAAUAAAAAUAUCUAGUAUGCCUAUCUCAAGAGAGAUUUUCACGAAAGUUCCCGCCAAAUCAGCUGCUCCUGUUGUAUAUCCAUGCCCUCACUGCUCUCGUCAGUUGCGAAAUUCAAAAUUACUCGACGCUCACAUUGUUAAUUAUCACAAAAGUGUAUCUGGUAGCACAAAAUCCACAACACACACGAAAAAAGAAAUUUAUCAGAAUCGAUAUUUGCCAUGGAAAUCUCAUAUGCAGUUAUCUUCUCUUGGGCCAAUCUCAAAGGAAAAACCAAGAUCAAGUGCUCCUGAGUUCACCAGACUUCUUUCUUGUCACUGUUGCAAUGCACGAGCAUAUGCUACAGAAAAAGAACUUGGUCUUAUUCAAUGUUCACAUUGUUUAUGUUGGUUUCAUCGUUUGUGCGGUGGUACUUCAUUUGACUCGAAACUAUUUUCGAAUGUAGACUUGUUGAGUAAUAACGAACUUUGUUCACCUGUUGUUUGUAAUAAUUGUCGGAUGGUCUUACGUCCAGCUAGGAAAUCCCGCAAAAACGAAUGGCGUACGGGGUUACUACGAUCACAUGACCUUAACUCUGAAUUUUCAAAACGAGGUCUGUUAACUGAUGUGUCGUCUAUUUUGAAUAAAGCCUGUCAGUUACGUCCAUUAUUAGCUUCUGGGUGGCAGAUAUUGAACAGGUCGAAUUUGCCUUCUGUGUCUGAUCAAGUAAAGCAAGAUUCUGGCGUUUUCAAAAAUGCCUAUCAAGACGCAUCCAAACCAAGUGAAUUUCCAACAUCGAAGUUUGCUGGAAGUAUCAAACAUACAGCUCCCGUUAUACAUACCCCUGAAGAUCAAGUCAAUCGUCUCUAUAUGGAAUUAAGGUGUGAUCACUUACAGCUACCAAACGAUAAUCAUACCUUUUGCAUUUCUACGCCGGACUCUGAAUGUCCUAAUACCAACUGGCCAUUAGACGAAGCAAUUAACGGUUCUGCUCAGUCGGAAUCCGUUUCAUACCAAGUUACUGAUCCUACUUAUCAUAUUGCCUCUCAAGAUUUGUCAGGAUUUCUUCAGGAUCUUGGUCCCGAUAUCAUUCCAGAAAUUUCAGGUUUUAAUGUUGAUGGAGUGAUAAAUAUCAGUAGUGUUACUUCUGAUUCCUGUUCUGUAGAUGAAUUUUUGAAGGUACCCAGAUCUUAUCCAGAACAGCCACCCGUUUCACAGAAUAAUGAUAAGUUAUGUAGAGAGAACACUGCUUGGCAGUUGCUUUGUUCUCAUCCAAGGAUUACUAAUACGUCUGAUAAAGAUCUAGGUACUAUUCUUGAUAUUUCUGCUUCGGAAGAUUCUACUCUAAGUCCUUUGAAAUAUUUUUCCAAUACUGUAUGUAAUAAUCAUUUAGAGUCAGGUCAGCAACUUCUUUCAUGCGAUUCUAAUAUCCCUUCAACCUCGUCACCUGACAAGCCUAUGGUUCAAACAUCCGUUGAUGUCAAAAUCAACAGAUCCAAUAUCGAUGGUGGAAUUUCAGUCAAUGAAUCAAGUGACAGAAUUUCAACUAAUCAUUUGGGAACGGAUGUCGGAUCAGAUAUUAUUAACCUUUCUAUUCCAAAAUGUGCACGUUCAAUCAUCUCUGAUUUACUGAGUAGUCCUUUAAAUGAUGAUUUCGUUACACCUUGUGUCAGUCAGCAGUCUGGUCUAAAAGGAUCUAAUAUUCUGCAUACAUCUUGCACAUCGAAUGAAUUUGUACACCUCUCAUCAACGUCUGGAUUAAAUUCUUUGGACAUUGACUGGUUAGAGGCAGAUAGCCAUAAUCAGUCUGUGAAUUCUUCUACUAGUCCAGUGUAUCAAAAUAAUGUCAAGAUAUGA